AUGGCAGUAGCCUAUGAAAAAAUUUCAUGGGUGGCCUCUCUGCUUGUGCUACUUUUAGGCUUUGCCUCAUGCUCUUCACAGGGUGGUGAAUUUACCCACAGAAGCUUGAAUUUUUGGAAAGCAGCCAGGGCCCGUGUUCCACCAACUGGACCUAACACUGGAACAUCAAGAAAAUUCAACUUUGGUACUUUGCCAAAGGGCACUCUGAUUCCUCCGUCUUGGCCAAGCAAAAGAACUUCAAGACCUCCCCCUCCUCCUCCUCAUCAUUCCAACUUCGGUACUUUGCCAAAGUACCCACCAAUUCCGCCAUCAGGGCCUAGCGGAAGAACUUCGGACCCUCCUCCUCCUCCUCCUUUUAACUUUGGUACUUUGUCAAAGUACACUCCAAUUCCACCACCAGGGCCUAGCAGAAGAACUUCGGACCCUCCUCCUCCUCCUCAUCCUUUCAACUUUGAUACUUUACCAAAGUACACUCCAAUUCCACCAUCAGGGCUUAGCGGAAGAACUUCGAGUCCUCCUCCUCCUCAUCCUUUCAAUUUCAGGAUGCAUUAUUCCGGGCCUUCACACGGUCCACCUCGCUAUGAGAUUCCACCUCCUCCUCAUCCUUUCAAUUUCAGGAUGCAUUAUUCCGGGCCUUCACAUGGUCCACCUCGCUAUGAGAUUCCACCUCCUCCAGCAUUUUAG